AUGUGCAUCACCGACGCAUUUGCCUAUGUCCGUCAGGACUGUCCCUUCAAGAAAUCAGCAGCCAUCUGGUUUGACGAAUGCUUCCAUCGCUACUCAGAGAAUGCAUUCUUUCAUGAAAUUGAUAAGCAAGAAAGCUUCAUCGUGUCAAAUACUCAGAAUGCAUCGUUGAGCUUGCAGAUUACGCAACUGAUGAGUUCUCUGAGGAAGGAGAGAAGUUGUAAGGAUUGGCUCAGUGUAAUAGAUAGAGACCUUUCGAGUGAGGAUUGUGAUAAGUGCUUGGAGAGUCUUGCUGCUUUGUUAGCCGAUGGGACGAGAGGAGGGAAAGUUGCUAAUAGGAAUUAA